AUGAGGCCAAAAAUUUAUCUCUUUGGAGACUCUAUCACUGAAGAAUCCUUCGAUAUCGGUGAUGGGGGAGCCAUUCUUGCCCAUCACUUCUCUAGAUCAGUAUGCCGAUAUUGUAUUAAGGGAUACAGUGGGUAUAAUACAAGAUGGGUGUUACGGGGUUUUGGAGAGGAUUUUCCUUCUACUGAUGAAACAAAAGAAGAUCCGGUGGCUGUGACUAUAUUCUUCGGUGCAAACGAUGCCACCCUUCCGGAUCGUUACUGUUUGCUGGAAAGAUCAAAUGAAUCGGCUGGUGCUUAUGCCAAGGCAUGCAUUUCGGUUGCUGAAGAAUGUGAAGCUCCUGUUAGUGAUCUCUGGUCCAGGAUGCAACUGUUUCCUGGAUGGGACGGGUUACACCUAACUAGGAUUGGAAACAUGACUGUGUUUGAGGAAUUGAUAGAAAAGCUGAGACAGGUGGGUGUAAGUAUCGAAACACAACCAAUUGAUCUUCCUCUUCUCACUGGAGAUUGA